UCAGUACUUGUAUUAAAAAAAGAAGCUAAAGGAAUGUAUGGUUGUUGAUAGUUGCACGGUUUUUGAAAUUGUUGGUGCUUGUUCUAGCUUAGGUGCUCUAAGAUUUUUGUUUCUAGUCCAUAGCUUUGUCAUUGUUUUUGGUUUGGACAUGCAUUUGAUUGCUUACGACGCUUUGCUCGAUGCUUAUGGGAAAUGUGGGGAAGGGGACAUUGUGUAUAGGAUUUUUAAUCAAAUGAGUGAAAGGGAUGUGAUUUCGUGGACUUCUAUUGUGGUUGUUUAUGCUAAAGCAUCUAGAUUGGAGGCUGCUUUUUAUGUUUUUGGGGAAAUGCUGAUUAUGAGUACGGUAUCUUGGACUGGGUUAAUCGCUUUUUUUGCUCAAAAUAGUUGUGGAAAUGAAGCAUUGGAUCUUUUUCGGCUGAUGUUGGAGGAAGGAGUGUGGCUAGCUCACACAUUUGUCUCUGUUUAUAGUGUUUGUGCGGUUUUGGCACUUAUCGAGAAAGGUAAACAGAUCCAUGUGCACAUGGUUAUAAUCGGCAGUAGAGGUGCUUUGGUGAAUCUGUUUGUAUUUAACGCACUAAUUGAAGUGUACUGCAAGUUCUGAGACAUGAACUCAACUAAAUUAUUGUUUGAGAGGACACGUGAAAAGGAUGUUGUUUCAUGGAACUCAUUAAUAACUGGGUUUGCUCAAAAUGGGCAGGAAGAGGACUCACUUAAUGCAUUCAAAAUAAUGAUAGAAGAAGAUUUUAGACUUAAUCACAUAACAUUUCUUGGGGCAAUAACUGCUUGUAGUCAAGCAGGUCUAGUCUCUGAAGAAAUGAAGAUUUUAGACAAUGGAAAAGUAUUUCGAUGUGAACCCUAGGUCUGAUCAUUAUGCA